UGUGCCUGGAACGAUGAACAUUCUCCUUGCGCUAUGUUUAUUGAAGGCGCUCCCAAAGAGAUUCUCUCACAUCUCCGGCGACACCACGGCGUCGCGUGCAACGUCAAAGAGGUCGAGUGCCGAUGGAGUUCGUGCUCCAGGGCAGGACCUCUGAAGAUCGCAAGCAUCCCGAGGCACGUCGCGAAGCAUCUCGGUAUUCAGUCCAGAUGCUCGCGAUGCACA